AUGGCCACGCUCUCGCCUGGGCAGCGGCAGCAGUCGGGCGUGGACCGCCUCAGUGCGCUGCCCGACGAACUCCUUGUGACCAUCCUGGAUGGCCUAGACACCCGCUCCGCGCUCGCCACCACCGUCCUAGCCAAGCGCUGGACGCACCUCCCCCGCCUCCUCAGCGCACUCGAGUUUAGGGUCACCGACAUGUUUCCACCGCCGGUGUACCAACAGUCUCCCGUCUUCCUGGAGCAAUACGCGCCGGCCGUCAUGGCCAGGUACAACGACGCCAUUGACAGAUUCAUGGAAGCGGCCCACGCCGACGGUAGCUAUAUUCCCCAGCCCGGCAGGAGGCUCCGGCUCGAGUUCUUCGACCCGGACGAACCCGCUUUCGUUGACCGCCUGAUCGGCACAGCGGUCAGAAGCUGGGGCGUGGAGGACCUGGAGGUCAUAGUCAAGCCGGUGGCACACCAUAUCGCUUACUUCUUCCCUCAGCAUUUCCUCGACGACGAGUCGGCACAACUCAUCCGCAGCCUCACUCUCGGAGGUUGCAGCCUCCUCCCGCCGCUGCACAGGUACGGCAAGCUCACUGCGCUCGUCCUUCAGGAUAUCAGCCCAUCGGUGCCUGUGGCGGCCUACGCCGGUGUGUUUUCCAGGUGCCCGGGGCUGCGGUCCGUGCACCUCAGGCGCUGCCACCCCGAAACCGACAACAACAUACCCAGCGUCAUGGAGGUGGACGCGCCGGCGUCGGGGAUCAUUGAGCUCGUCGUCUACCACUGCUCGUUCCAGGCGAUCCGGCUGCUCGCUCUCCCGGCGCUGGAGCGCCUGGAGUGCAGCGGCAGCCCCGUCAGUCUGGCAUUCGGCAUCAUCCCGCGCCUGGCGCACGUAGUCCUCAGCCUAGGAUUCUUCAUCCUGGAAGGCGACCCCUGGGACGACCGGUACGACUAUACGCUCGACGAGCUCCUGGUGGCGGUUAACCCUGCGGCCGUGUCGGUCACGGACCUCGUCCUCCGGUUCACGGGUACCUACAGGUGGGUGGAGCCGUGGCUCGACGGCGUGACGCCGUUCCCCGUCCUGCGCAGGCUGCUGAUGGCGGACGUGCCUUCCAACUGGGACGUGUCGUGGGCGUACCUCCUCCUCGAGGCGGCGCCGUCGCUCGAAGUCCUCCACGUGAGCGUCACCCCCUGCGCCGAGGACUCGCCGCGCGACGUCGACAUCAUGUGGCGUCCGUCCAAGUACCGUCACCGUCACCUCAAGGAGCUGGUGGUCGUCGGGUUCGAGCUGACGCCGACGCAGGCGUGCCUGGUCAGGCUCGUCAUGAAGACGUGCAAGGCGCUGAGGCGCGUCGUGCUGAUGAAGGGCGGCCGCAUCGACGACAGGGGACUCGGGGGCGGCUGGGAGGUGGUGGCACCGCAGGAGAACGGCUGGAGCGACCACGAGAAGGUGGCCGCGGAGAGGGCGAUCAAGAAAGUCAGAUACUUCAAGCUGUACGGUCAUCUGUUCUUUGCAUGA